AUGUUUUGGGCUUCAGACAAGAACUACCCCCACGGCAAAGGAUGGAAUGUGUUAUUGGCCGGCAAUGAUAUGACGACAUGUUUGAGCUGUGUGCUCAUGGUGGUUCCCCUGCACAUCUUUGCUUGGAAGAUGGGCUGUUAUUUCACCACAGGAAGCGCCCUGAGGCGCUGCCGAUGCACCAGCGAGGUGCUCGGACCUUUGUUUUGGAGCAGUAUAGUGUUUUUCUCUUGUCUCACCUUCUUCUGGGUGCGCUAUGUCGAUGCUAUGGAUCAGGAUGAGGUCUGGUCCUAUGGUGGGGUCGAGCUGCCUUCGGCAGCUCACUUAUUUGUUUGCUGCCUGGGCCUCUUUGCGGUUCUCUUUCAGCCCGGCGAACAUGGCAAGGGCAGUCUUUCACAAGUCGCGGCCUCCUAUCCCUCGAUGAAGCUGCUGCGCUAUAUCUUCUGGUCGUCGGUGAUGACGGUCAAGGUCUUAGUCAGCUACAAUGGUGUUUGGGCCGUCGAGACCGCGAUGCGAGAGUUGAAGAAGAUGAGUCGUCCCGGCCGUGAAAGCCUGGACGACCUACCGAAGUUCGCCUUUGGACCCAACUGGGACAAUGCGGAUUCCAGAUGUGGCCAUGACAUGAUUCAGUGGCUUGCAAUUUGGGGCACUUCUUUCGUGUGCUUCCUGGCGGAUACCCAGUUCUGGUUCGUGGUGGGUUGCACCGUCUUGGGGUUCUUCCUGGGCUGUGCUGAACGCGGCUGGUACCUGAAGAGCUUCGUCUCGGAGGACGCCUUGGCGAAGGUGGCGAAGCGCUUCUCGCGCCGCGUGGCGCUGAGCCAAUGGGACCCCGACGUCGUGGCACGGAACUUGCUGCUGGAGAAGGCCUCAAUCGACCUAAAGGCAGAGGACCAGGAUUACAUCCCCAAAGAAAGUGCAGAGAACUGGACCAUGUCCAAGUUUUUCCCGCCUUUGUGGGAUUUGAUCAUUGACAUCAUGCAAUGCGAGGACAAGUUGGAUCCUUCGGCCGCAGCGCAGCUGAAGUUCAGCGUCCCGGAGGAGGAUGCAGCGCCGGCCGCGCCUGCAGAGGCCGAGCCUGCGGCGGAAGCGGCGGAGGCGGCGCAGGUGGAUGCGGCGGUGCAGACCACGGCGACGGCGGCCGAACGUGUCAGCUGUGCCAACGCUGAGCCAUGGCGGGCCAUGCGACAACUCUGCCAGCGGAAGUUGAAGAAACCGGAGCAGGUGUGGAUUCCUUCCAUCUUCCAACGCAGGAACUAUGGCCAGCUCUUCAUUGAGCGGCACACAGGCAUCAUCCCCAGUGAUUCCUGGCCUUCCAAUUUGGAAGUGCAGUGGCGGCUGAACGCCCUGGCACGUGUUUUGGCAUCACUUCGACAGGGAGAUGAAAACCUUGGCGUAGGCAACUUGGGCUCCAGCCACCUUCCGCGGCCAUACUUGACGCCGUAUGUGCCAGGGAUGACCGUGAUGAUCCCCCACUACGGCGAGCAAAUUCUGAUGGAGCCGAAGGAUGUGUAUCCGGAUCACAGUCAGGAUGCAGUUCCCUUGAUCGCUUGGUUGGAGAAGAGGCAGGGCUCGGUUGAUCCGUUGGCGCCUUUGGGCAGAUCAUGGCCGUUGUGA